GUUCAAAUCAAACCCAAACAAGUGAAGGCGCAAUGCCUAGAUCAACUGAUCCUCUUGUUGUUGGAGGUGUAAUAGGAGAAGUCUUAGAUCCUUUUACAAGUUCUAUCUCUCUAAGGGUUGUCUAUAACAAUACCUCACAAGUUAUCAACUGUUGUGAGCUUAGGCCUUCCCAAAUCGCCAGCCAACCAAGAGUUGAAGUUGGUGGUCAUGACCUCAGGACCUUUUACACUCUGAUCAUGGUGGAUCCUGAUUCACCUAGCCCAGGUGAUCCACAUCAAAGGGAAUAUUUGCAUUGGUUAGUAACCAAUAUUCCAGCAACUACAGGAGCAAACUUUGGAGAAGAGAUUGUAUCUUAUGAAAGUCCACGACCAACAGCAGGGAUUCAUCGUAUAGUUUUUGUGCUGUUUCGUCAGUUGGGGGGUAGACAAACACUACAUGCACCUGGGUGGCGCCAAAAUUUUCACACUAGAGACUUUGCCGAGGUUUACAAUCUUGGAUCACCUGUCGCUGCAACAUACUUCAACUGUCAACGAGAUGCUAGGAGUACUGCAAGGAACAGCAGGAGAUAAUUAAUCAAAAUGAUGAAUUAAUUACUAGGUAAUUAAGCCCUUAAUUUGAUGAGAUAAUGCAUAUGAAGAUUAAGCAAACCCAAACUUAAUUCUGCUGAUCUAAUUAUUAAAGACAGCGAUAUAUUAUAAUAAUCCUUUCAAAAAUUGCCAUUAAAUAAGCU